GACAACUUCUCCUCUCUCAUCUUCUACAUACCACGGGGAAACGACUGAGCGACAGGUUGACACGCUCGCUGUGAUCGUUUUACGCCAUGGCGGAGGCCGGUGAUGGGAACAUCAAGGUCGUCGUGCGAUGCAGGCCUCUCAAUGCUCGAGAGCUUGGGCGCGGCGCGAAGCCCCUCAUUCGUAUGGAGGGCAACUCAACCUUCUUGGAUCCCCCUGAAGCUGGCGGCUCCCAAGCCCAGGCAAUGUCAGGUCGACAGUCCGAGAAGAAAACUAUGCAAUUUAGCUUUGACAAGAGUUAUUGGUCUGCGGGAGACAGAGAUGAUCCAAAAUAUUGCUCGCAACAGACACUGUACAAUGACCUAGGAAAGGAGUUGCUGGAGCACGGGUUUGCUGGAUUUAAUGCGUGUAUUUUGGCAUAUGGACAGACAGGUUCUGGGAAAUCUUAUAGUAUGAUGGGCUAUGGUGCCGACAAAGGAAUCAUCCCUUUGACGUGUUCGGAGCUCUUUACCCGGGUAGAUGAAAAGAUGGCUGCGGAUCCAAAUACGAAGUUCACUGUGGAGGUUUCAUACAUUGAAAUCUACAACGAGAAAGUGCGGGACCUCCUGAACCCGAAAAACACCGGUAAUCUUCGUGUUCGUGAACAUCCAAGCUUGGGCCCAUAUGUGGAAGAUCUAUCAAAGCUCGUCGUUUCCAGUUACGAAGAAAUGAUGACUUUGAUGGACGAAGGAAACAAGGCACGGACGGUCGCUGCUACUAAUAUGAACGAAACUUCCUCGCGAUCACAUGCUGUCUUUACAUUGUUGUUGACGAUGAAGAGGCAUGAUGAAGCUACAAAUUUGGAUACGGAGAAGGUCUCUCGGAUCAACCUUGUCGACUUGGCUGGUUCCGAGCGCGCCAAUUCCACGGGAGCUUCGGGGCAGCGAUUAAAGGAGGGAGCGAACAUCAAUAAAUCGCUCACUACACUGGGGAAAGUCAUUUCAGCGCUCGCGCUCGCUAGUCAAGGGAAAGGGAAGAAAGGGAAAGCGGAAGAGUUCGUUCCUUACCGUGAUUCCGUUUUGACUUGGUUGCUGAAAGACAGUCUCGGUGGCAAUUCUAAGACGGCUAUGAUUGCUGCUAUUUCUCCUGCUGACUAUGAAGAAACUCUGAGUACACUUCGAUAUGCGGAUCAAGCCAAGAAGAUCAGGAAUAAGGCUAAGGUCAAUGAAGACCCGAAUGCCAAACUUGUACGUGAAUUGAAGGAGGAGCUCGAGAUGCUGAGGGCUCGUGUCGCUGGCACUUCUUCCGAAGCUGUCUAUGAUCCGAAGGUCCCGCCUGAGAAGCAGAAGGUCACAUAUAAGGCUAAGGAUGGUACAAUCAAGACAGUCUCAAAGGCGGAGCUACAGGAUCAGCUGGAGUCGAGCGAGAAACUAAUGCAGAGUUUGAACGAGACUUGGGAACAAAAGCUCCAGCGUACCCAUGACGUCCAGAAAGAACGAGAAAAGGCACUCGAAGAGCUCGGUAUCACUGUCGAGAAGAACAAUGUUGGUGUACAUACUCCAAAGAAGAUGCCUCAUUUGGUCAACUUGAAUGAAGAUCCACUCAUGAGCGAAUGUUUGAUCUAUCAGCUUAAACCUGGAAAGACUAUGGUCGGGAGGUUGGACAGCGAGAAGGCGCUUGCAAUCCGUCUUAGCGGCGAAAACAUCUCUGAAGAACAUUGUUAUUUUGAGAACACUGAUGGAAAGGUAACUCUGCAUGGACUGCCUGGUGGCUCAACAUUCCUAAAUGGCAAAGAGAUAAGCGUCGAUCAAUCGUACAAACUGCGAUCUGGUUACCGCAUCAUUAUGGGUGAACACCAUGUCUUCCGUUUCAACAAUCCGGAAGAAGUGCGGAGGCAGCGAGAUAGGAUCACGGCAAGGAGCUCACUGCAUAUGAGCAUUACUGCGGCAGACUUGCAGGAGGGUGACGGUCAAGGAACACCAAUCACCAGACCUGAUUCGCCUACGUCAUCGGCAGAUUUGGCAGACGUCGAUUGGAACUUUGCUAAGCGGGAAGCUGCAUUUGCUCGACUGGGGCUUGAUCCUGCUCUCGACAAUCUUCCAGAUGAAGAUCUUAAUAAGCUUUACGAAAAAAUAUCAAAAGUGAAGACAUUGCGUGACAUAUCUUCUGCGAAGAGACCGGACAGUAGUCUCUCGCAGGCAGAUGAUGUUUGGAGCGAGUCUGGAAAGCCUUUGCCAAGUGAAGUAAUGACCGAUGACACGAGCGUUGAUGCUGGUAGCCCGGAUCUCGACAACGCGCUCAAAUCAACGCAGAACAACCUCGAGUCACAGCGAGCGGAUGUUGAAUUCCGGCUGCAGUCAAUGAGCGAUGGCGGCUCCGAGGCCGAGGACCUGAAGGCUGAAAAAGAACAGAUGGAAGCACAAUUAAAGCUUGUCCAGGUGCAAAUGAAGCGUAUUUUGGAAGCGAAGGCCCGAGGAGCAUCAACAUCGGACUUGGAGGCAAUAGAUCCUGUGAUAUACACAGCCAGGCAGCUACGGCUGAUUCGAAAGGUUCUGGACAAAUGGAGGGCGCAUCGAUCGUUUUCCAUGGCUGAAUCCGUGCUGACGAAUGCCGUCGCUCUUAAGGAGGCGAAUGUCAUCAGUAAGGAACUAAGGAAAGAUGUAUCAUACAAUUUCACUAUUGCGUCCGGAGGUUCGCUUGCUGCUCCUAGAUCAUCAUUAGCUUCUAUCGCCGGUCUUGAUGAAUUCGGGGACGUUGUGGACCCUGUUCUUGCAUCGGCCACCCAGCCAUCCGUCGCAGUGAAGGUACUUGACAAGCGCCAUAAAGCCAUCUACAUUUGGUCCUUGGAUCGGUUACAACAGCAACUGCAACGCAUGCGCAAUCUUACGACGUUUAUCGAUAGACCAUCUUACUCGCAGCAUUUCUCCGCGGAAGAACCCUUCUAUGAUUCUCCUGCUCCCGACUUCUCAUUUGUUGGUAAUGCUGUUGUCUCGCUUGCGCCAUUAUCGAGGCGCAUGUCAUCAACGUGCAUAGCCCCAAUCUUCUGCAGAUAUACGUCUGAGGCAAUUGGCUCAUGUCGAAUUGAGCUGAAGGUCACAAAUGUUGUACUAUCAACCAGACAUACCAACGGCUCCGGCCCUCCUACCCGAGCUCCUUCGCCUAUACCCACCUCUAUACCUAGCGGGAGCAAACUUUCUUUCGUUUUGACUGUGGACACGGUGAAAGGUCUGUCAACGCAUGACUUCACUGCUUCUCACAUCCAAGUUCGAUUAUCAUCCUUCUUCGGACCAACAUUAUCGUCCGAAGAGAACUACUCUUCGAAUGCAGUGGAUUUAGACGUAUCGACGCUUUCCGAUAUGAAGUUGCGUCGAGCAUUUACCAUCGCCGUUACGUCGAAGGUUGCGCAACAUCUUCGACUAGGAUACGCACCGAUAGAAUUUUUCGCCCGAGUAACUCCGACCUACUUAGAGCGCCUGGAACGUUGGGACGAAAUGCGCGAGCAUCGUAAUGUACCAAACGGUGUCUCCUCGGAAGCUCCGGGACCAAAGCGGGUUGCUCAACCAAACAUGCGCCGCUCCGAGACAGAUUUCCUUGUACAAGAAGUACAUGAUGUCGCUGUUUGGUUCCAAGUACGCGAGUUAGCACCCGAUGGACAGUAUACUCCCGUUCCUGUAAUCUCUCAAACCCCUCUGGACCCAGGACGGUUCUCACUCCAUCAGGGCUUGCAGCGCCGACUAACACUUACGCUUACUUCGAGCUCGGGGCGACAGCUGCCCUGGACUGAAAUCACGCGUGUCCGUAUAGGAAACGUCCGUCUUCUUGACCCCAAGGGCCGCGUGCACGAGUCUGCUUCCAAAGAAAUGCAUGACCUCACUGUCUUGAAACAGCAAGAAGUUGAGUUCAAGCCGGACGGAACUGGUUUCAUUACAGCUACUGCUCUAUGGGACUCCAGUGUGCAUGAUUCUUCGCUCUUGAACCGAGUUACAGCCUCAAAUCAUCGCGUAUUACUCCAGGUGAACUGGUUUGUCUCCGUCACGACAUGCAGUGACCCCAUUCAGUUUACCAUGGAUAUGGCAGUCGCCAUGUUCACCCGUGACGCCGGUCCACCUUCCAAGUUCAUGUCAUUCUUUGGAUCUUCUAAAGUCUUAACAAAGACCAGUUCAGUAUUCGUUGUGAAGAUGAUGCCUCCACUCACGCGAUCGCCUAACGAACUCUGGCGUCUUGACACGUCGGAGAAGUAUGUACGCGGUGAAGAAGCUCUAGGAACGUGGAAGCCCCGGGGCAUAUCUGUUGUGGAAGACCACGAUAGGCUCGUCAUAACUGAACGACGAGCAGCUGAUGUACAAGCAGUUCGAACAGUGCUCGCCGCUUCAUCCGUUUCUGCUAGACCGUCCGAAUCGGCAGCAAUAUGGGGUUCAGAAGAUCUCCUUAGGAAGUCGCUUGGCCUGUGGCAGAAGAAAUUUGGUCAUGCGGGGAAGAUUGUAUUGAGCCAGGAUCCGCCCGAUACCGAGGCCAAGAAAAACAUGCCACCAAAGGUCAACGGGUUGGAGUUUUUCAUGGAACCAAAGUUUGUAGCCAGCGCUAAGCUGAUUUCGCGGAGUGACAAUCCGACGAAGAAGGGUCAUCUCAUGAUACUUACCGACGCAAAUGAAAAUAAAUGGGAACGACGUUGGUUUGUUCUGAAGAGGCCGUAUCUCAUCGUUUACGCUCACUCUGACGAAAAUGAAGAAACUGCAGUGAUUGGUCUGACUGGCGUAAAUAUAGAAUACAACCCAGAAAUGGAGGCCCUUCUUGGAAAAAAAUUUACUUUCACACUCUUUACUGCAUCAAACUCUUAUGCUCUCGCUGCUCCUAAUGCAAAGGAACUCCAGUCUUGGACUACGAAGCUAGAUCCAACGCGACUUCCGUCGUAAAUGCCUUGCUAUUUGAUUUUCAGCCUCCCUCGGAAUAUACUAUUGGAUUGCUCGGUUUAUACAUCAUUAAUACAUACCUGUAUCUCUUGAUACCUCGUGGCUCUUUUUAUGCUUCUCUUAUCAGCCUCUGACGGAUGUCACAUUCCUUUCCUCCCACCUAGACGAUUGGGUGUCUAGGCUGCCUUUCCUUGUUCUAUGCAUUGGAUCUAUUUGGAUUGC